AUAUGUUUCUUGUAAUAUACUCUGAAAUUAGCUUUCGAGGGACAUGCUUUUGCCUCUACCAUGGUCUUCAGGUUGCACCUAACAUCCAAGUUCGUUGCGUAAAAUCAACAAUAAUAAUAUAAAGGAAACCAGCGGAGGAGAACAAGGAUGAUCUAAUUUAAUAAGGCCAAAUCGAUCUCAUAAAUCCUUAGUUUAACAGUGGCGUAGAUUGUUGGGGAGAGAAAGGGGGCGAUCGGAUAAGUUUGGUGGACUGAGCUGAAGAAGAUUUAGACUCAUUUGGGGUUUUCGAAAGAACGUGAAAUGUGAAGCAGAAAUCGAAGAUGGCAACCAGUAUAGAGUCUCGUUUCCAUUCCUUGGAGCUGAUUGGCAAAGGUUCUUUCGGGGAUGUCUUCAAAGGGUUUGAUAUGGAAUUAAACAAAGAUGUUGCCAUUAAAGUUAUUGAUUUGGAAGAAGCUGAGGAUGAAGUUGAAGACAUUCAGAAGGAAAUCUCAGUCCUAUCUCAGUGCCGAUCUCCUUACAUCACUGAGUAUUAUGGCUCAUACCUUCAUCAGACCAAAUUAUGGAUAGUUAUGGAGUACAUGGCUGGUGGCUCUGUUUCAGAUCUGCUUGAAACAGGUCCACCUUUGGAUGAAGUGUCUAUUGCAUGCAUCUUACGAGAUCUGCUACAUGCUGUGGAUUAUCUACAUAGUGAGGGAAAAAUCCACAGAGAUAUCAAAGCGGCUAAUAUCCUUCUCACAGCAAAUGGUGAUGUUAAGGUUGCAGAUUUUGGUGUCUCUGCUCAGUUGACACGGACUGUGUCAAAGCGGAAGACAUUUGUUGGUACUCCAUUCUGGAUGGCACCAGAGGUUAUUCAGAAUUCUGAUGGAUACAAUGAAAAGGCAGACAUAUGGUCUUUGGGUAUUACAACUAUUGAGAUGGCUAAGGGGGAGCCUCCAUUCGCAGAUCUUCAUCCAAUGAGAGUUUUAUUUCUUAUUCCAAAAAAUAGCCCCCCACAGCUCGAGGACCAUUUUUCCCGUCCUUUGAAGGAAUUUGUUUCCCUCUGCCUCAAGAAGAAUCCUACUGAGAGGCCCAGUGCAAAAGAUCUACUAAAACUUCGUCUUAUCAAGAAUGCGAGGAAAAGCCCAAGGCUUCUUGAAAGAAUAAGAGAGCGUCCAAAGGUUCAGAUUAGAAAAAGUAAAGACAUCCAGAGGUUUGAUCAAACUUAUAUGGAAAACUCUACUGAAAAAGUGAAAGUUCCCAAAGUAUUAGGAGACGACGAGUCUCUUCUUUUCAGUAGUGGAAAGAGUGGAAGAAAUGCUAGUUGGGAUUUUGGUACAGCAGUUACUCAGAGCACGGGGACAGUUCGCAGUGCAGUGAAACCUCCACAACUUGUUGGAAAUAGAGAAAGAAAGGCAGAUGGAAUAUCCAAUCAAAAUGUUGUAAAGGGUGCAUUUGAUAGAGAAAAUGAGUGGAAUACUCUCUCUAGUUCUUCUAAUGCAUCGCGAGGAACAUCUACAAGUAUUGAUCAUGCAGAAAGCUCCUAUGGAAUUCCAGAAGAGGGAAGAGAGAAUUUUUCUUUAGAGGAUGGGAAGCUAUCUAUUAGCAGUUCUGGGACUCUGGUGGGUGUCCAUUUUCAAAGACAAGGCCAGGCCAAUUCAGGUUCCACUGAUAGGAGUUUUUCACAGCUUAGCAGCAGAGAUACAUCUAGUGAAGAUGUGUCCACUAGUGGUACAAUUGUUGUUCGGAAUAAAAUUGAUGAGUCAGAAAUUAUUGUUCAAAAUCCUAGAUCUAGACUAGGGAAUCAAGAAAAGGCUUCAAAUUUUUCUCGCGAAGACAGUGCGACUAAUCUUGCUGAAGCAAAGGCUGCAUUGCAGGCUGGACAAAAAAGAGGAACUCCUAGAGAAAAGAAUCCUUUAUCAAAGGUCUACAUAGAAGGACAGGAGUCAAAAUCUAUAGAAAGAUCAGCUAGUACAACUUCUAUGCGGGAUACACGUGACCUUUGGGAUGUACCAAAAUCGACUUCAAAAUCUACAGGAAGGCGAGUGAGUGAGGAUGAGGAUGGUGCUCGGUCUGCUGCAGCUGCAUCAUCUCCUGCAUUAUCCAUGUUGCUAAUUCCUGCAUUGAAAGAGACUGCUGCUGAGCAUUCUGAAGGACCAGCCCUUCGUGCAGCAGCAGAUGCAGCUGACUCAUUAAUGGAUUUAGAACGCCUAGCCCCUGGUGCUUGUGAAGUUUUAGUGAGUAGAUUACUUCAACGGCUUGGCAGUACCAAAGAACCUUCUGUGAAAGGACUUCAAGAAUUAGCUGAGCGCACCCUCACAAAAGUCUCCUCACAACCAACAACACAGAUUUCUGGGUCAGGGAAACUAUCACAUUCAAACAGUCAGACCAACAUUGACCCUCCUGAAAAUUCUGGUUUGAGUCCGCUUGCCUCCUUUCUUCUCUCAAGGUGGCGGAGUCAUGUUUCUCAAGAUGUUAGCUUAAAAUAAAGGUUUGUUUAAACCAGAAUUCUCUUUGCUCCAAGAUUAGACAGAAAUUAUAUUUCCAAAAGUGGCUUCUGUUCUUUUUUGGGUCUUGGAAGAAACUGUAUUGAAUGACAUUUAUGUUCUUCCUGUAACGAGGUAGUGGUUAUUAUGUAUCCCUAUGGUAGUUGAUUACUACUGAACUGUAAUUUUUGAAGUCAGUUCACAAAUAAAUCUUAAGAUUCAAUGUAAUUAGAAGUGUAUUGAUUCACAAAGGUUUAGUAUAUUUUAGUAGUAUUGAUGGGGUGAUUGCCAUCAAAGGAUACAUGGAGAAGACAUUUUUUAUGGCAUUGCGGUUACUUACUUCUGCAGCUUAUAUGCAAUGAAGUUAUUGUCUUAUACUCUUUUCCUUCUUCCUCAAUUGUCAUUGGGUAUAGGCCAUGAAUUCAUAUGCAAGGUACAAGAACAAUAUAGUACAUAUAUAUUAUUAUAUAGCCUUAUUGAUUUGUAAAGGAA